CAUGGCUACGAAGUUCAUCCUCUGGGAGUCCGGGAGUGAGAAAAUGAAGCUAAAGAGCCUCCUGCUUCGAUAUUACCCACCAGGAAUUAUGUUGGAAUAUGAGAAAAGUGGAGAAUUAAAGACCAAAUCUAUAGACUUGCUGGAUCUCAGCCCCAGUACUGAUGUCAGUGCCUUGGUGAAAGAGAUCCAGAAAGCAGAACCUCUGAUCACAGCUUCACGAACAGACCAAGUAAAACUUUUAAUUCAGAGAUUAAAAGAUAAACUUGGACAGCACAGUGACCACAAAUUCUAUCUUUUUAAGGUUCUCAGAGCACAUAUACUGCCGUUGACUAAUGUUGCACUUAAUAAAUCAGGCUCAUGCUUUAUCACAGGAAGCUAUGAUCGAACAUGCAAGCUCUGGGACACGGCCUCCGGAGAGGAGCUUCACACCCUGGAGGGUCACAGAAAUGUGGUCUAUGCCAUAGCCUUCAACAAUCCUUACGGUGACAAAAUUGCCACUGGGUCCUUCGAUAAAACUUGUAAACUGUGGAGUGUAGAAACAGGAAAAUGUUACCAUACUUUUAGGGGCCAUACGGCAGAAAUAGUGUGUUUGUCAUUUAACCCUCAAAGCACACUGGUGGCUACUGGAAGUAUGGACACAACAGCCAAACUGUGGGACAUCCAGAAUGGAGAGGAGGUGUUCACUUUAAUGGGACAUUCAGCUGAAAUCAUCUCCUUGUCCUUUAACAUGUCAGGAAACAGAAUCAUCACAGGCUCGUUUGAUCAUACAGUUGCAGUGUGGGACGCUGAUACUGGAAGGAAAGUGUAUACCUUAAUUGGUCAUUGUGCUGAGAUUAGCAGUGCAUUAUUCAACUGGGAUUGCUCUCUAAUAUUAACUGGCUCCAUGGACAAAACCUGCAUGUUGUGGGAUGCUACAAAUGGAAAAUGUAUGGCAACCUUAACAGGCCAUGAUGAUGAAAUACUUGACAGCUGUUUUGAUUACACUGGAAAGCUUAUUGGAACUGCUUCAGCUGAUGGAACUGGAAGGGUUUUCAGUGCAGCCACAAGAAAGUGCAUUACCAAAUUGGAAGGCCAUGAAGGUGAAAUUUCAAAGAUUUCUUUCAACCCCCAAGGAAAUCGCCUUCUAACUGGCAGCUCUGACAAAACAGCUAGAAUCUGGGAUGCACGGACAGGCCAGUGCCUCCAGGUUCUUGAGGGCCACACCGAUGAGAUCUUCUCAUGUGCUUUCAACUACAAGGGCAACAUAAUCAUUACAGGCAGCAAGGAUAAUACCUGUAGGAUAUGGCGAUGACUGAAGGAAGUGUUGCUGGUGAUGGUGAUCAAGACAUUGAGCUUCACAGAUAACAAGCAAGAUAUUUUUCUACUCAUAUGUUUUCUCUGUUUCUACAAAUUGGCUAUAUACACGCUCUCUACCUAGCUUCACAGGGAUGACCAUUAAAACUGAUGAAGUUGUAUGGCUUCUUGUAUCUUAUUUUAUGGAAUGACAGGAUAAAAUAUGUUUUGGUGGAUGUUGCUGGUUAUAUCAAUUUUGUUUAUUUUUUAAAAGAUAUGAAAAGGAUCGUGAUACUGAUAAAGGAAACAGAGUAAUUUAACAAUGUGUCUUCUAGAUUCUACUUUGAAGCCUGUUAUGAUUUUUGUUGAA